AUGGGGGUCACUUCUCUUCAGGUCAUCAAAUGUAAGGCAGCAGUGGCCUGGGAGCCUAACAAGCCUCUGGUGAUUGAAGAGAUUGAAGUGGCCCCACCAGAGGCCAACGAGGUUCGGAUUAAGAUUGUAUCAACAGCCGUGUGCCACACAGACCUGUACCACCUUUUGGAGAGGAUGCCUAAAGACGGCUUUCCAACAGUCCUCGGCCAUGAGGCUGCUGGCAUCGUGGAGAGUGUCGGACCUGGAGUCACAGAAUUUCAGCCAGGAGACAAGGUGAUUCCCCUUUUCCUCUCCCAGUGUAAAGAAUGCCGCUUCUGUAAGAGUACAAAGACCAACCAGUGUGAAUUAGCCUGGAAGAGGACUCGUCAAGAUGUGAUGGCAGGAGUAGAAACCAGGUUUACCUGUAAAGGGAAGAAGAUCCUGCAGUUCACUGGAACCAGUACCUUCUCUGAGUACACAGUGAUUGAUCAGAUUGCUGUAGCCAAGAUUGAUCCUGAUGCUCCUUUGGACAAAGUCUGUCUUAUUGGCUGUGGGAUCUGCACUGGCUAUGGAGCAGCAGUGAAUACUGCAAAGGUUGAACCAGGCUCCACAUGUGCUGUGUUUGGUCUGGGAGCUGUGGGCUUGGCUGCAGUCAUGGGCUGCAAAGCUGCAGGAGCUAAAAGGAUCAUCGCUGUUGACGUCAAUCCAGAGAAAGCUGAAAAGGCCAAAGCGCUUGGAGCGACUGACUUUGUGAACCCCAAAGAUCACAACAAACCCAUCCAUGAAGUGCUAGCUGAGAUGACCAACGGUGGAGUGGACUUCUCUGUGGAAUGUGUUGGGAAGGUGGAAGUCAUGCGCAGUGCCUUGGAGUCUUGUGUGCCAGCUUGGGGUGUCAGUGUGAUUGUUGGUUGGACAGAGUUGUCCGACAUUGUUAUCCAACCAGUUCAUCUCAUCGCUGGACGAACAUGGAAAGGCUCCUUGUUUGGAGGGUUUAAGAGCAAAGAUGGUGUGACAGGGAUGGUUAAAGCCUACCUGGAUAAGAAGAUACAGUUGGAUGAGUUCAUCACUCACAACAUGACUUUGGACCAAGUCAAUGAUGCAAUUGAGCUGAUGAAGCACGGCAAAUGCGUACGGGUUGUCAUGAGUGUUUCACCACAAUAAGACAAGUUUCUUCAAGAUAUAACCACUCUAUGAUGCAUUGUACUCAGU